GCGCCCUCUUAGUCGCUCCCACUUCCACCCCUAAGCGAUCAGGAUCUCCAGCCGCCACCGCAGCGGGGUUCUGGGCCCGCUGCCGGGUCCCCAAGAAGGGGUGGGGCAGGUGUCCAGGCUGCGCGCCGCCUCCGCUCCCGGUGCCACAGUCAGUGCGCCCAGCACACGCACGCCCCGCAACCCCUCCCUCGCCCCUUCCCCGAUGCUCAAUCUCCGCCAGCCGCGGUCGCUGCAUCCUCUGAGAGCGGCAAGAGGGAAGUCGCGAGGCGCGGCCGCCAGCAUAGACACCAUGUGACGGGCACCGCUCAGUGACAAGCAGCUUUGGUUAAAGAGCGGGCGCGCGGGAGGGGAGGCGACGGCGCGCGGGACGCGGGACGCGGAGGAAUGGCCUGACUUUCCCCUUUAAACCAUCACGAGCCAUGGAUGCGCAAAGGCGACGCGCCCCCCAGUAGGAGAAUGACUGCGAUUCGAGACCCUCCGUGCCAGAGUGUGUGGAUGGGUGUCAAGCUUGUAUUUUUGCUGCUAUCCAUUUGUAAUACACUCAGAGCAGAAUUUGGACUCAUUUUUUGACUACAGAUACUUUGUAAACAUGAUGCAUUUCAAAAGUGGACUCGAAUUAACGGAGUUGCAGAACAUGACAGUGCCCGAGGAUGAUAACAUUAGCAACGAUUCCAAUGAUUUCACUGAAGUAGAAAAUGGUCAAAUAAAUAGCAAGUUUAUUUCUGAUCGCGAGAGUAGACGAAGUCUCACCAACAGCCAUCUGGAAAAAAAGAAAUGUGAUGAAUAUAUUCCAGGAACAACCUCCUUGGGCAUGUCUGUGUUUAACCUAAGCAACGCCAUUAUGGGCAGUGGGAUUUUGGGACUCGCCUUUGCCCUGGCAAACACCGGAAUCCUACUUUUUCUGAUACUUUUGACUUCUGUGACACUGCUAUCUAUAUAUUCAAUAAACCUUCUUUUGAUCUGUUCAAAGGAAACAGGCUGCAUGGUUUAUGAAAAGCUGGGAGAACAGGUCUUUGGCACCACAGGGAAGCUCGUAAUCUUUGGAGCCACCUCUCUACAGAACACUGGAGCAAUGCUGAGCUACCUCUUCAUAGUAAAAAAUGAACUACCCUCCGCCAUAAAGUUUCUCAUGGGAAAGGAAGAGGCAUUUUCAGCCUGGUAUGUGGAUGGCCGCGUUCUGGUGGUGGUAGUUACUUUCGGUAUAAUCCUCCCUCUGUGUCUCUUGAAGAACUUAGGGUAUCUUGGCUAUACUAGUGGAUUUUCUUUGAGCUGUAUGGUUUUUUUCCUAAUAGUGGUUAUCUACAAGAAAUUUCAAAUUUCCUGCAUUGUUCCAGAGCUAAAUUCAACAAUAAGUGCUAAUUUAACAAACCCUGACAUGUGUACGCCAAAAUACGUUACCUUCAAUUCAAAGACCGUGUACGCUUUACCAACCAUUGCGUUUGCUUUUGUCUGCCACCCGUCAGUCCUGCCAAUUUACAGUGAGCUUAAAGAUCGAUCACAGAAAAAGAUGCAGAUGGUUUCCAAUAUCUCCUUUUUCGCCAUGUUUGUUAUGUACUUCUUGACUGCCAUUUUUGGCUACUUGACGUUCUAUGAAAACGUGCACUCUGACCUCCUUCACAAGUACCAGAGUAAAGAUGACAUUCUCAUCCUGACAGUGCGGCUGGCUGUGAUUGUCGCUGUCAUCCUCACAGUGCCUGUGUUAUUCUUCACGGUUCGUUCGUCUUUAUUUGAACUGGCUAAGAAAACGAAGUUUAAUUUGUGUCGUCAUAUCUUGGUUACCUUCGUACUCUUAGUUAUUCUCAACUUGUUGGUGAUCUUCAUACCGUCCAUGAAGGAUAUUUUUGGGGUCGUAGGAGUCACAUCUGCUAAUAUGCUUAUUUUCAUUCUUCCUUCAUCUCUUUAUUUAAAAAUCACAAGCCAGGAUGGAGAUAAAGGAGCUCAAAGAAUUUGGGCCACCCUUUUCUUGGUCCUGGGGGUGUUGUUCUCCCUGGUCAGCAUUCCCUUGGUCAUCUACGACUGGGCCUGCUCAUCAAGUAGUGACGAAGGCCACUGAGACCAGCUGAGGACAGGAAGCGUUCCGGCCCACGGCUCGGUCAUGUCACCACACAUCAGCAAUUUCUCAUCACUUCUUUCACAAGUUUACAGAAGCAAACCAGAAAUUCACAAGAUACUUAAAAUGGAAUAACACUUCGGUAGCAAAACUGAAACCUGUUUCUAUAAUGGUUCCUGUCCCUCUAAGAGUUGGGAUCAAUUAAGGAUUGUGGAUAUAUUUUUUUUUAAGUCUCAUGCAGUUGUAUUUCUCAGUACUCGUCACAAUCAGUUGUUUUUCACUCUCCUAACUAUUUUUUGUGACUUCGUGAUCCCUUAGAACUUUGAAAUCAUAAUCAUCAAUCAUGUUUAUUUAUUAUGCAUUCAGGUUCCGAAAUAAUUUUCCUGCCAAUGUUCCGUUCACGCCAUCUGUACCUUUUUAGAAGAGAAAAGAAUCCUGAAUUGUAUAUAGUUAUUUUGCUUUACAGAAAAAAAUGGUUUCGUAAAUAUUUUGCCUACUUUGGUUACCAUAGCACACAGGGGUAAUUGUAAGAGAGUGACGGGGUGUGUGCCGUUGCUGGAUGAAGAUCUGCCCUAUAUUUGAUCACCUGGCAGCCAGGCGCUGGCGGUCCAGUGGCCUCACCGGCACUACACCCUGCUUCAUGCAGGGACAUUCUCCACUGGGAAGGGGGUGAGAAUGAUUCUUACCUUGGUAAACAUUAAGGUACACAUUUGGGGUAUCUAACAAAUGAAGUUUUGUUUCCCUCUUGGCCAGUUGUGUCAAAGUUACUCUAAUCUGGGUCACCUUCCACUGAGGGAGACCCAUGACACCUUUGUAAUAAAUUGAGAAGUGAGAGUAUUGCAAAAAGAGCAUCCAAAAUGCCUAAGAAAAUAUUCCUCUGAUGCAGAUAGCCUUCAACCCUACACCUGUAUUGUUGAGGGGGGAAAAACACUUUCUUAAAUUAUAAACCCAGCGGCUUUUACUCAUGUCCACCAGCUUUUUGCACAGGGAAUAAUGUGUAUCUAACCACAGGUGAUCUAGGAUAAGUAAUUCCUGUUUUAUAUUGGGUACUUUAGGGGGUCUUUAAAAGACUUGUUUUAUAUCUAUAAAUUUAGGUUAUUACAAAUACAAGAUUUUUGUACCUUAAAUAAGCCUCAUUCCUAUUUCUUGUCCAUCAACAAUCCACUCCGAGUCUUGAAAAAAAAAAAAAGAAAGAAAAAGAACCCUCAGAGAUAGCCUUUGAGAAGAACUUGUGACAGAAUCAAUGUACCUUCCUUCCCUCAGAUGGGGACUUUGGUGCCUGUGCUGUCUCCUCUUCUCGUCCCCAACCAAGGGGUGGGCCAUUACCGCCUGCCCGACAUGAUCCACACAGGAGGACAGCGUUGCCUCACACCCCUACUCCAGCCCCAUUAUCUCCUAAAGGGAGGGGGGUGGAAGGAAAUUACACAGAGACUGAAAAAGAAGAGAGCUGGGGACAAGGCAUAGCUUGGAAAGUUGGGGGACAGUAAGGAAACGCAGAAUCGCACCUUCCUGAAGGUGGGCCAUCACCUGUGAUUGGACUGUCUCUAUCACACAGUAAGAAAUGUUUGUGCUCUGCGAGCUGGUCUCUUGAAAUAGGACUUGUGUUUUAUUUAUAUUCUGGUUGAACUUCUCAAACACAUAAGUUCACCGAGCACGGAUUUCUUAUCCAGAGAUAAGUAGAAUCUAACCGCAGACUCUUCGCAGGAUUUCCAAGCACUUAGCUCUGGGUUCUGUUCCUCCCUCACUCAAAUCCCCAAAGGCCUUUGCUCACCAUUCACGGGGAGUAACAAGGAACUGUCCCCUCCCCCUUUACAGACUAAUGUUCCAUAGAAAAGGCAGGCAUUGAAGCACCUUGUUGUGAUCCUCUUGGGGGAGGAGGAAAGGUUAUUUCCUGCGUUUCUUGGUAGGAUCAUCGUAGCUUUUAAUGUACUGCUCCAGAAUUACAUCCACAUUGGGUCAGAGUUCAGGUAAUUAGAUAUGAAUACCUACCCAUACGUGAAUACCUAACCUAGCAGAAUCCACAGCCACCUCUGUACUUCUCAGCAAUGUCUUCCAUAUUGGAUGAACAGGGAGAGAAACUGAGCAAAACAAGUCAGUUGGCCCUCGGAGGCUUGUCUAGGGCACCGAGUAAUGAAAUAGCCAGGUCGUGGACUGACCCUCCAUUAAAAAAAGAUACCUAGUUGAGUUUGCAAGCAAUACUAUGCUACUUUCUAUUUUCCUUAUUAAUUUAUAACAAUUCAUUUUACACUCACAAAGUCAACUCAGAAAAUUAUCAUUAACUCUUGGGAUGGGUAGUGAUAUUUUUGGAUCUCUGGAUUUUAUGUGUCAGUACAGGGAAUUUUUAUUAUUAUUUAAAGUAUUUAUUUAGAGGAGGCACGUUGUUGAUGUCUGUGAUACUGCAGGUUUUUAAAAAUCUUCUUUGUAUGUUUAUCUAAGUUUAUUUUUGACUGGAUAUAAUAGACCCUAGUGUAAUUUGUCAAAUACCACAGAUUAAUUACAUCAUUUGUGUGGGAUUAGCUGUAAAGUGUACUGCAAUAAUUCUUCUUGUUCAGAAUAGUGAACUGAUAGCCAAAAAUACAUGUAUCACAGAUGUUAGGUAGAAUUUAAACAGCAGUCAAGUGCUAUAGAAGUUUUUCUGCUAAAUUAGUCGAUUAAAGAAUAUUACACCUUAGCCAUUGGGAGCAGCACGUUUUCCUUUGGUAGAUAGAACCUUAACACUAGUGAACAGUGCCAGUUUCAUACUUUGGAUUUAGAACUGUUCUCUAGUUAUUAUAACACAAUAUACUGUAAAUCCCUAAUUUACCUAAUGUUACUUAUGGGGAGUGGAGUAGGAAAGUGUGUACAGGAAAGAAAUCUAGUCUUGUUAAACACAGGCUGUCCCCAAUUUAUAAGCAGAUCAUGUUGCAAAACCCUGUUAGGUGGUUGUUUGCAACCUGGAAUGUAUUUUCCUCUAAAUACCAGGUUAUACAUGGCGUGUAGGCCCCCAAAGCAGCUAGGAAAGAUGGUCAGACCCAUCAUUCAGCAGAAUAGGAUAAUACAACAUGAUGGCUAAAAAGCCUUAACCAAAAAUAACAUUGUUUCUAAGGAGUAUUUGUUCAGAGUUGCCAAGAGUGUGUCACUCCUGUUAAUGGAAUCAGGACUGCCCAUGUCAGCCACAUGGCCAGCUGCCGGACGGUGGGGGUAGGGUCACCACCAGUUAGUGGAGACCAGCGGGGCCUGAAGCAGGUCUCCAGCAAAGGAGCAGAAGUCCAGGGCCACCGGAGAACCUGGUGGUAGGGGGAGGGGAAGGAGGAUGAGGGGGCCUCUUGUGAGCCUGCCAGGGACAUUCCUCAGCUGGUAUCCUUUCUUUUGCCUGGAGGUCUCAGGCUUGGCCUGACUUUUCUGUUUGUAGGACCUGUUGCUCCUACAGGUUGUCUCUUCCCCUGCCGGUUACAGAGCAGGGUUGUUGCCGUGUAGCUUUCCCGUGCGCCCGUCAUUGAAGCCAGCACACAGCACUUUUAAUGGGUUUCGUGCUAGUGAACCAUGGUUUAACUGCCUAGUAAUCAGAUCGGUGUAAAAAAGCUCUCUACUGACUUCCCUUCUUUGUAUUUGCAGACCCUGUUGAGAAAGGCACCCAGGGGCGAUGGUCAUGGGGCUGGGGGUAGACCAGGGACUGUGGUAAGAUUCCUGUGUUUGAGAGGACACCCCAGCAAUUGCCCCAUAGCUGACUUCCUUCUGGAGUUGGACUCAAGCCUCUAAGCCAGUGCUUCUCACAGUGUGGUCCCCAGGUGGGUAGCAGCGUCACCCGAGGGCUUGUUGGAAUGCGGGCCUUGGGGCCCCACCCCAGAACUAAUGGAAUCAGAAACUCAGGGCGGAAGCCCUCAGCAGCUGGGUUUGAACAAGCCCCCUGCCUGAUCUUGAUGCACAUUAAGUGUGAGAACCACUCCAGGUCAAUUCGUAUCUCAUUUUUUUCUCCCCUAUCAGUCCUACCUCAGAGUAUGGUUCCUAGGAAAUGCUGGUGCCGGUGCACAGUGGUCAAGGAAGGCUGCCUGCAGUCGGGUCUGAAGCUGUGAAGAAAUGAAAAUGAAGUGGUUUUGUUUUUGCAGAGAAGGAAAACACCCUUUGUAAAUGCAGCUUUAGAUGAAAUACUGAAUUCGUGUCAGGAGUCAGCUCUCCACAGUGUUCGUCCGCGUUGUGUAACGACCGAGCCUGUCCUCCUUUUAAAGUGAAUUCUCUAGAAAGGUCUGUACUGCAUAAGCAUCUGCAAACUGCUCAGAAAAGGAUGUAGGGCUCGGCUCCGUUUCAGUAGAUCACAAUGCUGGACAGCACAUUUAUGGGGUGGGAAAGAGGUUGAGGACAUGAUCAGAUAUUUGAUCUUACGGCUCAGAGCAAAAGCCUCUAGUUUCCCUCAGUUAAUCAAUGUCAAUGGCUUGAGGCUUAGAAAGAGCAAUUCCUCCAUUCCACUUCACUGUCAACUUGUAGCCACUCUCAAAACAAAGAAGAUACAGACUAUCAUUUAGCAGUGCUAAUAAACGUUUUCCUGAGACGGCAGAUCUGGGAUUCCUUUAGCAACAGAACAUACUUCCUCUAAAAUCUACACAGUGAAUUAUGUAUGAUGACAUAGGGCUUUCAGGUACAAAUUGGGAAUGGGGUGGCUAACAACUGAAAAAUAUCACUAAAUCUAAGAGGGAAAUUUCUUGAAAAUUGUAAAAUUCACAAGGCUUAGUCAUUUUCCUGAAGGGUUUUCUCGGAGGAAGGGCUGUGAACUGGGCCCGUCUGUCUACAGGCUUGAAUUUGUGUUUUUAAAAGGAAGAAUCUAUGCAGCUGAGGUUUAUUGUAGGAAAUACUUCAUUUGUAUGUAAAUAUGUUGUAAAUAGAUAGGAGGCUGUAUAUUUUUGCAGUUGUCAGAGCCACACUGAGAUAGAAGUCUGCAUAUCAAGAAUCUAGUAUUUGCAUAUCAAGAAUAAAUGUUGUCAUAGAUAUUAGUGGUUUUGUUUGGGAAUUAGAAAAAUUUACAUUCUUGCCCAGGUAACAUCAUUCUCUCAGUGUAAACUUGGAAUCUAAACAUCUUACUUAACUGUUCAGAAAGCGAAAUGUCAGAGAAAUAGUUGCAUUGAUUUCUUAUACUGGUAUUAAGACAAUUAUUUAAGAGAUAAUCCUCUGAGCUACAAAUAAGGAAUAUUUAGACCCAAAUUAUUGUCAGAUAGAAAUAUAUAUACCCAAAAUGACAAACUGUUUCUUCAUAAUGCUCUUUCGCUAUUAACACUGAUACCACUACAAGUAUUUAUGUAAACAGAAGUUGGGGAGAGUUUUUCUUUUCAAAGUUAAAUUGAAUUGCUGCAUUUCCCAAACUUUGGGAUCUUUGAAAGGGGGAAAAAACCUGAACAUUAACUAUGAGCACAAAUUUGAAGGACAAAAAAAGGACCGUUAUUUUAUCAAGCUUUUGAAAGUCUUGCAUGUUUGCCUUUCAUUUUCAGUGUUGACGCCAACAUAGACUGUCUUAUGUCAUUUUUUUCCCAAAACACUUGAAUCUUGACCAUUGGUACGUAAUCCGCUCUCCAGAGUCCAGUUGUAUUUUAGACUUCAUGUAAGUCCAGUAUGUGUAGCACACCACUGGUUUAUUAAUGUAAAAACUUGUAAAUGACUUUCAGAUAGGUGAUAGAAGUGAGUCACACGUCACAAAACUUUGCUAUUCAUGGUUAAUCAAAUAGUUUAUUUUCCCCCCAGGAUGUGGUGUAAAUAAAGAAAUAUAAGAAAUUCUGUUCUAUAAUUGCUCUGUUAACAUAGUUUUUAAACAUUAAAAAUGUGAACUAAAAGUA